CUUCUAAUGGCUGCCCCUUCAAUUUUUCUAAAGCCAACAAUCUUAACCUUUUAUAAAAUGACUAACAAGUGCUGCCCCUUUAAAUGCACAAAAGACCCUAAACAUGCUUAAAUAUCAUCUAACAACAUAACUUUUCAAUAUUGCAACAUAAGCCCAAAAGUAAAAUACCAAAAACUACCCAGUAAAGAAUUGAGUUUAUAAAACUAACAAAUUUGUACAGGAUGUUGAGUCCAAAUGAUUUGAUUUAAAGGUUUUGGCAGCAAAUAAAUGACAAACUUCUUAAUGUGUUUUAUGUUACAAUGGACAUUUAACAGGGCUGCUAAGCUAGAAGUGAGGUUGGAAUGGAUGGAGAAUGUAGUGAAAACCAUAAUGGGCCCAAUCCCAGCAAUCAAGUUCGAAAAGACGCGGCAGCGCAAGAUUUGGUUCAACAGCAUGGUGUUUGCUUACGCAGGCUGGGAAGAUGCAAGAAAUAAUCCUGUGAAAGCAGUCACCUUUGGGGAUGGAAGCCCCUUACCAGGUCAUAUCGUAUAUGACUGCCUGAAAAUACUUGACGAGGAAAGCGUUGCCAUACCUUGGCAGCAAGGUGACAUUCUGCUGGUGGAUAAUUUGGCAGUUUUACACUCUCGACGGCCUUUUAACCCUCCUCGCCGCAUUCUAGCUUCACUCUGCAA